AUGGGCUCAUCGAUGUCUUGCUGCGGAGCUGAGAAGGUCGAGCAAGGGGUUGUGAGUGGGGGAUUGAAUAGUUCGUGGAGGAUCUUUACCUACAAGGAGCUCCACGCCGCUACUAAUGGCUUCAGCGACGAUCGUUUGCUCGGCGAAGGGGGAUUCGGAAGCGUUUACUGGGGAAAGACCACCGAUGGUCUUCAGAUAGCUGUGAAGAAGUUGAAAUCGAUGAACUCGAAAGCCGAAAUGGAAUUUGCAGUGGAGGUUGAGGUGUUGGCGAGGGUUCGGCACAAGAACCUUCUUGGCCUGCGAGGUUACUGUGUUGCAACGGACCAGCGGCUCAUUGUCUAUGACUACAUGCCCAACCUCAGCCUAUUGUCCCAUCUCCAUGGCCAGUUUGCACAUGAGGUGCGGUUGGACUGGAGGAGGAGGAUGAACGUCAUACUUGGAUCUGCAGAAGCCUUGGUGUACUUGCACCACGAGGUAACGCCCCACAUCAUUCACAGGGACAUCAAGGCCAGCAACGUGCUACUGGACGCCAACUUCGAGCCGCUUGUGGCGGACUUCGGCUUCGCCAAGCUCGUCCCCGAGGGGGUGAGCCACAUGACCACCCGGGUGAAGGGCACCCUGGGGUACCUCGCGCCGGAGUACGCCAUGUGGGGGAGAGUUUCCGACAGCUGCGACGUCUACAGCUUCGGCAUCCUCCUCCUCGAGCUCGUCUCCGGCCGCAAGCCCAUCGAGAAGCUCCCAGGCGGCAUGAAGCGCACAAUCAUCGAGUGGGCGGAGCCGCUCAUUUCCAAGGGUCGGUUCAGGGAGCUGGUCGACCCCAGGCUUCGUGGCAACUUCGACGGGGCCGAGCUCAGGAGGGUCGUGGAGGCCGCCGUUCUCUGCAUCCAGGGGGAGGCCGAGCAGCGACCGGACAUGAAGGAGGUGGUGGGUAUUCUCGGCGGGAGGGAGGUCAGGGAACCGAAUACGGAGGUGGUGAGGUUGAAGAGCAUCAGAUACGGGGAGCACCUGAUGACAAUGGACCAAAACAGUGAUGAAGGAUUUGAAGACUCUGUUGACGCUGGUGUUGGUGGAGGAAGAAGGGGAGGGAGGAUUGAAGAUGAGACCAACUCUUACGGGGUGUUUGGAGCCAUGGAGAUGCAGGAGAUGCAUGACCCCUACGUGAAGCCGUGA